GCGAAUGGCUAGAGGUAGAGCGGAGAGGGCGGCUAGUUGGGAACGUCAGGAUCAGUUUGGAUUAGUUUACCGUGAUUAUUUACAGGUGUGAUUUGUGUUGUGUUUAGUUUAUCAAUUAAAACGCUUUUUAUUUUCAUCUCUAAAGACAAUACUAAAACAAGGAACCUUCGUAUACACGGACGCUGCUGUGACAACAGUUUCGAGAAGCCCGGGGUUUGGUCAUGUGAAUUUGUGUCAAUUAUUUGCCGAGUCUGAUCGUGGCUUCCAUCAUUUUUAAGAUCAAAUAAGUUCCUGUAACGCCGUCCAUCGCGGCUUUAAAUUAAACAAGCAUGUGUUUAUGAGUGGAGCACUGGAGAUGGGGGGCGCGCGGUUCGUCGCGUGCGCGCUGCUGCUGCUCUGUCCGCUGGCCCUGAGUCGUCACGACGAGGACUUCGCCUUCGACAACAGCGAGGAGUUCCAGGUUGAACUAACAGCAAACCAUUCAGAAAUAGCGAAAAAUGGCCUAAAAAGGUUAUGGGGUGUUCCUGACACAUCGGCCUACGUGGGACACUUGUUCCGAAUGGAAAUACCCAAACAAGCAUUCACCGGAGACGUGCUAGCGUAUAAGGUCCACAGCGAAGAUGGCCGCCGCACGCCAAGCUGGCUGGCCGUGGACUCGAGACACGGGCUGAUCAGCGGCGUACCGCAGCCGCAGGACCUCGGCCCGCACACCUUCACCGUCACCGCGCACGGGCGAACACGCGGGCUCAGUGCUACCGACUCGUUCACUAUCGAGGUGAAGAAAGCGGAAGAAAAACCCCACUCCAAAUAUGGCUCUUGCAUGGGCUCUGAAAACCGCCUAGUGCUCGCAAUCUUAGUAGACGGCGCCUUCCAGAACAUUUCUCCGCGGCAGCGGAUACGCGCGCUCAUGGAACUCGCUAGCUUCAUGGCCCUGGACUGGGAUGAGUUCUGGAUCGAGCCGUACAAGACUGAAACGGCGCGAAAACAAUCGGUACUGAUGAGCGGUGCCGGAUCAGCCGCGCGUAGGCACGGAGACGCCACGACUGCGAUCUCUCUGAACGUGGGCUGUGGCGAGAAGCUAUGGGGCCGACAUAAGGUGCUGGUGGCAGGCCUGCGCGAACAGUCUCGUGACGGCACGCUCGCGCACCUCUUACGACUGCCCGUCAUCGGCUGGCGGCUCUCGGCCGUCAAACCUGUGCCCCGGCUCAAGAGACAGUCACCGCAAGACCUGGACGACGGGUCGGGCGCGGGCUACGACAACUACGACGACGAGGAGGACGCGGGCGACUACAGCGGCUACGACGACGCCGACGACGACGACAUCUACAAGGACGUCGACCCGCCCGCCGGGCCCGAGAUGCUGGAGCCCAAAGUGAAAAUCACUCCCUACGGCGCCGAAACAGCAUCAGAAUCGAAUAUUAUCAGUUAUUCCGCCGUGCCUUCAGCGGCAAGUCCUAGAGGUUUCGACCACGACCACGUCAUCAUAGUACCUGGUGACGAUGCCACUACCACCGAAGCCGAAACGCAGACAGUUAUAAUUCGCGCGUCCAACGAGCCCUCCUCCACCGAGCCUUCCACCACGCCCGAGGCCACCGCACCGUCACCAGCAACAACUUCUUCAACAACAACAACGACGACGACAACAACAACAACAACAACUGAGGCGCCGACAACGACGUCGACAACCUCGACAACUUCAACGACGACUGAGGCCGCGCUGCCUGAGACUGAGAUCACAGAAGUUACUAAGGAGGAGUCAGUGACCCCAUCAGAACGGUCGAGCACAAUCUUCGGUCGCACCACCGAGACGGUGACCUUCCCUAUCCCCGUCACCAGGAAGCCGCCGUCUCUCAAACACCACAUGAAGAAGGUCGCCACUGCCGCUGGAAAGGCGUUCAGAUACGUGAUCCCCGCGAACCUGUUCACGGAUCCAGAGGACGACAACAACCUGACCUACAGCAUGUACAUGAGGGAGGGCACCAAGCUCAGCAAGAACUCCUGGAUACAGUUCCUGCCGUCCAAGCUGGAGGUGUAUGCACUGCCAUUGGAAGCGCACGUGUCUCGCUGGAACUUCGUAAUCGAAGCGCAGGAUAGCGAGGGCCGGACGGCUCAGGGACCACUUGAUAUCACCGUCCAACAGCACAAAGCCGCCCGCACUAUCAACCACCAGUUCGUCAUGCACUUCAAUCUAAACAAGACCUUCACCUAUGACCUGGACUGGCAGAUCCGCGCGCUCGAAGGCAUCGUCAACCUUCUGGCCACCGACAUGCAUCACAUUACUGUACUCAAUGUGUCACAGAGCGGAGAUGUCUGCGAAUUUGUGUGGACCAAUGAUACGCUGCCUAAGGAGACUGCGUGUCCUAUGGAUGAUAUCAAGAGACUAAUGCAGAUAAUGGAGACGUCCCCCGAAUCUCACCAACCGUCCCAGCGCAUGCUGGACGCGAUCCCCGAGCUCACCGUGCUGGACGUGGCGUGGCGCGGCGCCGGCCGCUGCGCCAGCGCGCCGCCCGCCACGCGCGCGCCCGACACCUACCCGCCCGUCACCAGGAACCAAGUGGACAUGCUGCGCGCCACUGUCGGACACCUGCUGCUCUAUAAAGUGCCCGAGGACACGUUCUUCGACCCCGAAGACGGUGGAACACGAAACCUCGCACUCUCCCUGCGUUACAUGGACCGUAGCGAACUCCCGGCGCCACACUGGCUGCAGUUUGACGCUCGUAACCAGGAGUUCUACGGUCUGCCUUCUGCCGCUGACGUCGGCACUGUGCACUACCAGCUGAUCGCCGAAGACUCGAGCAAGAAGAGCGCCUACGACAGCCUCAUAGUAGAAGUCAUGAGGGCGCCGGCUAUCAAACCCACCGUUGAGUUCCAAAUGACACUCGACUACGAGUUCGAACAGCUAGCCCACAGCGCCCUUAACAAGAGAAGACUCGUUGAGAAACUCGCUGCGCUCUUCGGAGAUAAGGACGCGAGUAACAUCAGGGUUCGGAACAUCACGGACCAUCCUACUGGCACUACUGUUAUUUGGUACAACACAAGCUUACCGAUGGACAGCUGUCCAAAAGACAAAAUCGAGACGCUCCGCAAAAUGAUAAUCGCCGACGACGGCGCCCUAAAAGACAUCGUCGACACCGUAUUCGAUAAAGAAAAAGUGAUGUCAAUCACACUGAUCCCUCUCGGGUUAUGCGGCGACCAGAACACUAAGAUAGUGAAACAGCCGCCGCCGCUACCGGGGCCGGUGAACGUGCACAACAAGCCGGGCACGGCCGAGGCGGGCUACACGGAGUACCUGGUCACUUUCGUCAUACCGGCGGUGGUUAUAGUGUGUAUGCUGCUUGUGGCUGGUAUCAUCGCCUGCGUGCUGUAUAGGAGGCGACGGACUGGAAAAAUGAGCGUCGGCGACGAAGAAGAACGCCAGGCGUUCCGCUCGAAGGGCAUCCCGGAUUUCCAGGACGAGCUGGACGAGCGCGCGGACGCCGAGCCGGUGCACAAGAGCCCCGUCAUCAUGCGCGAGGAGAAGCCUCCUCUGCUCCCCCCGGCCCCCGAGUACCGCGGCGACGACGCGCCCUCGCCCCCGCCGCCCUUCGCCGCGUCGCGCACGCCCCCCAGACCCAAGGCCACGCCCACCUACAGGAAGCCCCCCCCGUACGUCCCCCCUUAAGGUGAGCCCUGUCCGGCUUCACCGUUUGUCGGUCGAACUGACAGUUUCGUUCGGAAUCAGCUUUACUAGUCGACGAUAUCCAAAUUUUUUCCUAUUUAUUUUUCUCGCCCUUCGACGCGGUCGCGGUGUUCUGCCCGA